AAAAUAAUAAUUUUCAAAACCAUUAUUUCAAUUUUAAUUUGAAUUUUACACGAUAGCUUUACAAUAGUCUCUUUAUUAUAAGGGAAUAUGUUUGGAGAUAACUUUACAUUUGAGAGCUCUCCUCAACCUCCUUCAGAGCUACGACUUCCUCAUUUGACACUAAAAAACACAGAACUGAAGAAGCGACAGGCAAUUGAAGACCUUGCUUUGCAGAAAAUACUCUCGUCAAAGAUAGAAAAGGACAACAAGAAAGAAUGGGAAGAGCUGGAAAAUAAUAAAGAGAAACUCAUGAAACUCUUUACAGAUUCAAAUGAGACCAUCCAUGAGAACAGAGCAUCUGCAUCAAGAUUCUUUGAAAUUAUCAGAGAACAGAGAGAGGAACAGGUGAAAACCAAACAGGAAAUACUAAACGCACACGUUGAUAUUGACAACAAUAAGCAAAUUAAGGAGACAAUGGAGAAGUAUGUAAAACAGUACUCAGUUUUUGAGCAGUUUUUAGAAAGCGUUGCCGCUGCAUCAAAAUCAGGAAAUCUGAACAGCGUGGGAGAUAUUUUAAAUAGAUACCAAACUCUAGAAGGAAGAAGGGCUGAAAUUCUACGGAUUCUCGAGGAAGAGAUGGAAUUAGAGGCACAAAUGAGGAAGCAGAUGAUCGAACUUGUAGAGGAGAAGUCAACGCAAAUGAAGGCUCUCGACAAUCGUCUGGUGAUGCUUCAGACUGUCCAAAGACAGACUCAGGAACGACGUGUCUUCUUGGAGAUGGUAGUUCAGAGGCUCAAGAACAAGGUUUCAGCUGGACAAGAAGAAUCGAACGUACUACGUGGAGCUUGCAGAGACCUUUACCUUCAGGUUUGCAAGCGCCGAGGUGUCCAGCCCUCUGCAACUACAUCUGAUACCAGGUCCCAACUAGACUAUAUCCAGAAGUCAAUCAUGUUUUACAAGGAAGUGCUUACUAUAGGACAAUCAGAUGGUGGAAACCAGAAUGGAAAUAUUAUUGUAAGAAAGAAGAAACUUAAGUGACUUUGGUUUGAAUCCCAAAAACCUUUUUAGCUUUUAAGUUUUACA